AUUCAACCAAUUAAAAAAUAUAUCAUACCACAAAAGAUAGUCAAGUUUCAACCGUAUAUCUUUCAGAAUAAGUGAGUCUGUCUUUCGGGAACCAAAAUAAUUCUCAGAAUAGUUUAACUAUUACGCACAUUAGUUUCUGUGAAUGUUGGCGCCGAAUCGUGAUUCACGGUGUUAUCAUGUGACAUUCAAUAUUAUUUUAAUAACAAUCCUUUAUUAAAAACUGUGUCUUUAAGUGUAGUAGUAAGAGUGUAAAGUGUUGACAAAAACUGUUGUUGAUAGAAGAAUUUGUGCGUCCCUGAAUACUCACCUAGCGCCAUCUUUAACCGAAUAGCCAAAAUGAUUAGCUUAGUUUCGCUACUCGCCGCCACGCUAGUGUCGCUGCAGUGCUGCCACUCCGCCUCGACGCUUAUCGACAGCAAAAACCUACUGGAAAAUACUUUACAACCGAAUGCGCUGCCCCCCAAGCGCAAGAGCCUGAAGCCGUUCGUGUCCAUAGUGGGCGCGCCGCCCGAGCGCGCGCGGCUGCCGCGCGGCGCGCACGCGGAGCUGGCGUGCGCGGCCGUGGGGCACCCCGCGCCGCGCCUGCGCUGGCUGCGGAACGGGGAGCCCGUCGACGACUACGAGGAGAGCGCCAACGAGAUCGUGAGCGCGCACCCGUCCAGCAUCGCGGAGGUGCGGUCGGCGCUGGUGCUGCGCGCGGCGGCCGCGGGCGACGUGUUCUCGUGCGUGGCGCGCGCCGGCGCCCGGGAGCGGGUCGCUUCCACUACGGUGCUGGUUGAAGAAGCGGGAGACGAGCUUUCGGCCCUCCAAGCGUUGCUCCAGCGCGCCACGGCCCCGAUCCCCACGUACUCGUACGCGGAGGCGUUCCAGAACAUGGGCACCAGCCUCGUGCUGCCGUGCCGCGCCUUCAGCUACUCCGGCACCAGGGUGCGCUGGGCCGUCAACGGGGUGGAGGUCACGCAGAGCCCCAACAUGAGGGUGUUACCGUCAGGAGAUCUCCUCAUCUCGUCGCUGGACUUCUCGGACAUGGGCAACUACAGCUGCACCGUGGAGAACCUGUACGGCGAGACCACCGUCAGCACCUUCGUCUACCCGCUCAAGGUUAAGGAUUGAGACAGCGGUGCCCGGACGCCGACCAGCAGUUACCCGCCGAUACAAGUUCGAUGUUCCUAUACUUAAGUGUAUGUUAACUUAAUGAAUACUUAACUUAUUGUCAGGGAGCGGCCUCACUUGGAGCAUUCCAUUUGCUUUACUUGUAAUUCAUCAUUUUUAUCACUAAAAUGAAAAAAAAAACAGUGUUUUACAUCAAUGCUUCAGGUUGGUGU